UAAUGCUAUUAUAAACAAAUAUACUUAAACACCAUAGUGUCUGACCAAUAAGAGUCAUUGUAUAUAUUGACUUAUUCCAUAUGCAUAAUUAUAAUCAUUUAUUAAAAUAUUUCCUUAUUUAAUUGUUUAAUUUUAUAAAAAAUUAAAUUUCCGAUAUGUAGAAAAUGAUGCUCGUGAAAUAAACUUCUACUCGCAGAAUACAAAUUUAAAAAUCAAAGAUUACUGUAUUCAGAGACCCUUAAGUCUCAAUGAUAACAAAUUCUUACUACGAUAUUAAUACAAUUAAAGCAAAAUCUGUGUUUGCAGUAAUAAAUAAUAUUUACGCAUAGAUUUUUAAGCAAGAAACAUUUAUGUUUAAAGUAACAGAAUAAAAAAGAGUUUUCAAGAUAAAAAAUUUUUCCACUGUUACGUAUUAUAUUGUUAAAUGUAAUUACAACAUGAAUUUACAAGAACCAAAGAGAAAACGACAUGUAAAAUUAAAAGAACAGUUGCCAUUCCCGAUUGUAUUAGGCAAUAAAAAUGAAUGGAUUACAUAUACUGCUCAUCUCACUGAUUUAGGAUCUUGUAUAAUUGAUCCAAGUGAAAUUGUUGCAGUACAUUCUAUGGGUUAUUUUGGGAAAGGUUCUUUAUCACGUGGUUUUCCCUCAUUUGGAAAAACACGAUAUGGAGUUCCUUCAGUUGUAAGAAAUAGACAGUGGCUUCGCAGACAAGAAUGGUUGAAACAAUUUAAUGAACUUAGCAUGGAAGCUAAUAGCAAACAUACAAAUUUAGAAGAAAGCAAAUGUGAACUUUCCUAUUCAAAAAAUCCUGAUGAAGAUGAUAACAAAUCUUUAAAGAAUCCAACAAAGGAAAAUAAUCCAGAUAUAAUUGAAAUAGAUACAAAUUCAGUUUCUUUAAAUGAAAAACAUAAAGAAAGUCAACAAAUUGAUAAAAGGCUAGAAGUAAAUGAUACAAAUUCAAAUUCCAUGAAAGAGGACGACUCGUUAAUUAUUAUAGAAAACAAAUUUAAAGAACAAUGCAAUAAUACUGAUGAUGGUCAAAGAAAAUCUAUGGAAAUUGAAGAAAAAAAUUUUUUUGCAGAUUUUAAUUUGAAAGAAAAUGAUGUCUGUUUUACUGAUAAUAGCACAGAUGUUCAAAAUAAAUUACUUGUUCUACCAGAUAGUGAUUCAGAAACUGAAAAUUAUUUAAGAGAAAUAAAACCUAAAAUUGAAUGUGAAAGUUUUCCCAUUCAAGAAACUCUCCAUCUUACAUUUGAAGAAACAUUUUUCCUUUUAUAUGGUUUAGGUUGUUUGAAUUUAAUAGACUUUGAUGGUAAUUUAUUGGAUAUUGAUAGCGCUUGGCAUAUUUUUUGCAAGACUGAUAAAAAUUUUGUGUCAAAGUAUGUUGUAUAUCAUUAUUUUCGUAGUAAAGGAUGGGUAGUAAAACCUGGACUUAAAUAUGGUGGAGAUUUUUUGCUAUAUAAACAAGGACCACCGUUUUAUCAUGCAUCUUACAUUGUAAUAAUAGAUAUUUUGGAUGGUGAUACCUUAGUCACAGAUCAAAGUAAAUGUAUGCAUAAAUUAACGUGGAAUAGUUUAUUAGGAUUGGAAAGAUUGUCAGAAACUGCUGCUAAGGAAAUAUUAUUUGCACAAGUUUUAUGGCCAUCUUCAGCUUUACAUACAUCUAAUACACUAAGCGUGGAUAGCCUUUCUGAAUUUUCCGUGAGAGAAUUAUUAUGGAGAAGAUGGAAUCCUAAACAUAAUAAAGAUGUAGAGGAAGAAGAUGAUGAUUCAUGUUGAUUUUAUUUUUAACAUAUUUAUUAACUAUAAAUGAAACAUAUAAAUUAAGGAA